UUUGCCGUUUCCCAGCACUGCUGGACCAGCCCAGCAGCUGUUUACUAUGCUGGUUUUUUCUUGUUUACUAUUUUAUUGUUUGAUGUUAGAUGUGAUUUAAUUAUGGUGGUUUGUGGAAAGAUUCUGGCACGGAGCAAUUACGAACAUUUCGUAUUGAGUUGUGGGCUGAGCAAUGACUGUGACGUGCAAAUGGAAAUUGAGAGAUGGAGGGAGUUUGUCCUGCACAUUAAGCGGCAUAGAGAAGAGGAACAAGGGAGUGACUUUGAUGCCAGUGCAAGCAGCGACAAUUUCCCAACAGAGACAAAUCAGUGUGGGCCGCCUGUGAAGGAUGCCGAAGAUUGUUUAGCCGAGGGAAUGAUUGUGGAUCUUCCCAUGUCAUCCGAUGAGGAAGAUGGCGAUGAAGAAGACAGCGCCUCAAUGCCGCUUGCAUGCAAACUAGAAGGAACACAAACAACAGAAUUCUCGCCAAUAGUUAAAUUUAAUCCAACUUUCUACCGACGCAGUCCGCGCAUUACCAAAUUUAUUGAGCUCUAUAAAGAUCAUCCGUGCCUUUGGGAUCCUUCAGAUGCGUCCUACAAAAACAAAGACAAGCGUACUCAUGCAUACGAGUCUCUGAUGGAGCAGCUGAAGGCGUCUGUCAAUAUUCAUCUGACUAUCUAUAGACUGAAGAAGUCCAUUGCCAGCCUGCACUCUCAGUAUGCAGCAAUAACGCGGCAAAAGAAGAUACAAAAACUGACCAAGGUCCCGCUGUACUAUCAUGCAAAAUACAACUUUCUGGCAGAGCGUGGAAACGUGGAGGAAGGUGACAGCGAUGAUGAUGGCGGCGAUGGCAAGAUCAAGCUCCUGUUUACGGAAGAAAAUGAUUUGACGAGUCUGUUUAUUAAACUAUAUUCCAAAUUUCCCCAUCUGUACGAUCCGGCGCACGAGAACUUUUCGAAUUUAAGUGAGCGUAAAAACGCUUAUAUAGAAAUUACAGAUGUUCUCUCGUCAGAAGUUCCACUGGGAGUCAUCACCCACUACGAUGUCUACGACAGUAUUCUAUGCCUACGCCAGUGGUAUUCUCGAAAAAUGAAGACUCUCACUGAGGCUCAGACGGUCGGCCUUUCGACGGCUGAGAAAGAGUAUAUUGAGAGUUGCCAGAGCUUUAUGCCGUCGAAGACCUUCCGCCAGAAAUUACAAUGCACAGCUUGCCAAAAAAGUUUCAGCACUGAUCAUGCGCUGCAGGCUCAUCAGUUCAAAGAUCACAAGCUGGGCAAAGGUGGAUGGUUUAAAUGCCCCUUGUGUGAGCUGAAUUUCGAGCGAAGGUGCCAUCUGCAACAGCAUAAUCAACGUGUUCACAUGAGCAAAACGUUUACCUGCCUCAUGUGCAGUCGAAGCUUCGCGUUUGCCAGCCAACUGGCCAUACACAAACGCUCCCAUGAUGAUGAAAAACAUGUCGCAAAGCCGUACAUUUGCGAAUUUUGUGGAAAAUCUUUCAGACAGAAGAUUCAGCUGACCACUCAUGUAACCGCCGUGCACACAAAAAUUCGUGCAUUCAAGUGCACAAUGUGCCCCAAAGACUUUUUUACUAAGCGCGAUCUCAAGGAUCACGUUAAGGCGCAUUUAAAUAUACGCGACAAGGUAUGCGAUGUCUGUCAGAAAGCCUUCACAAACGCCAACGCCCUCGUCAAGCAUCGGCACAUUCACCGGGAGAAGACCCUGCAGUGCACUCUCUGCAGCACCCGUUUUUCCGAGCGGGUUAGCUUGGGUGUUCACAUGAGACGCACGCACAAGAUUAUUAAAAACACUUUGAAAGGGGCUGAGACUACCAACGACGCCCUACUUAAACACACAUUCCCACAAUCUCAAGACAUUUCCGACAAAUAAAAUACAUUUUGAAAUUGCAA